AUGGAAUCUAACGGAACAUCACUUAAGAUGACGCCUGCCUGGUUCAAGUUGAAUGAUCAACAAGCAGUAUUGAAAGAUAUUGUUUAUCCACCAGCUAUUAACGAUAAUCAACCAUUCGAUACUAUAGCAGCUUAUCGAACAUUUACUAAUAAAUCAAAAGAUUUUUGCCGAAAACCAAUAAAUAUUGCUGAAGAUUCAACAGAAACACUCAUACUUGUUCUCGAUGCCUUCGCUCGCAAAUUCAAUGGCAAUCUGACUAUCACCAUGAAUGAUGUGCCAGUUGAUGACAGUUCUCAUUGUUUAGCUUGCGGUAUAGGCAAUCUUGGCAAUGUUCAUAUGCUUACCAACAACUAUGUACCAAUGGCCAAGUUUGCGUUCAACAUCACCGUCGAUUAUGACAAGAAUUUUGCAGAAUCAAAGGAUACUAUGGAGAAUUUCGCUUUGAGUUUUUGUCGAGAUGUUUCUCAACUUUUAUCUUGUGAAGAGCACUAUAUUCGCAUACUUUCUGUGAAAAAAUCAAACAAACAAUCUGAUGAAACUAAAGUUCAUUUCGGUAUAACCAAACCGAAUUUUAAUGAGACACAACAGCUUGCUCAUUUAUUACAGGAUAAGGCCCAAAAAGGCUUUCCUAAACGACCAGUACUUCAAUACGUCAAACCUGCUUCAUACGUUUAUAAAUGGGCUUCGAUUUUAUCUUACUUUCAAUUGCAACCAAAUGAUUUCACCCCAGAAUUCAAUAGAGAUUACGAGAAAUCAGAAAUACUUGAAUCUGAAAUGAGAGGAGGAUAUCCAUACUAUCGUCCGAUUGGUUGGUAUCGUCAUGCAUUAAAAAUUGAUCAUAAGCAUCUGGAUGAUGCGACCUGGCUCAGUUGUGACAAUGCUGAUGACGAAUGGCCAGUUGCAUUUCAAGGAACACAUCAAAACACCAUAAACAAUGGUUCACUUCAAUUUGAUGGAAUCGAAAUGAAUGAACCACGACUCUAUUUAGCCACUCAUUGUAAUGGUGGAUCUCACCCACGAUUUACAGAAGUAUUUUCCGUUAAAGUAUCUAAUAAGAAUACAGAAAAUUAUCGGCUGGUGUUUCAGUGUCGUGUUCAACCGAAAAUGUUCACCGUUCAUGAAAGCUCAAUAGAGAAAGGAGAAAUGUGGCGCUUUGUCGAUCCGAAAGCUAUUCGACCGUAUGGCUUAUUGUUAAAAAAAGAAGAAGAAUCAUAA